CUCCCCUCCCCUCCCCAGCGGGGUCUGUGCGGGGAGAGCCCUUUCCUACCGCCCCUCUGUGUCCAGCCGGAGGGGUGACCCAUCUUUGCUCCCGGGCGGGGAUCUGCGAAGCUCAGCGCUGCUGCCCCCCUGAGCGCCUGCAGGAGUCGAGCCAGCUCCGGGAGAGCGAACGCCCCGGGCCGGGGCCAGGGACCGAGUCUCCCAGCCCGAAAGGAGAGGGGGCAGGAGAGAGAGACUGGAUGGGGCAGUAGGAGCAAUAAGGGGGUGUAUACAAAUCUCUGAUCAGAUCCUUAGGCGGGGGGGGGGGGGGGGGUUUGAACCUGUUUGGCCCACAUCCCAGCUGAGUGCUAACUACUGGGCUCUGAGUCAUACAGUGGGCACUUUCUCCUCUGGGUUUGGAACGGCCCCUGGCUGAGGCAUGCUCUGAGCACACCUAGCAGAUCAGGCUUUGCAGGGAAGUAAGGCAUUCACCUGCCUGGCUUAGCCUGGUUCAGGGAUCGUGCUGGGGCUCAGAAAGGAGAUAGUGUCUGGAUGCCUAGAGGGAGGCAGCGGUGUGCAUGACCAGAAAAGGAACUUAGGCAGCUAGGGAACUUUUACAGCAGUAAUUUAGACGUGCAGUGAGAGUGGGGUUGUAUAAAGGUGGCACCUGAAACUGGGACAUAGGCACCUAAAUCUGAGCCAGGUAGCUUAUCUGAAUGAUUACACAGGCCCAGGAGGAGGCUGUGAACUUGUGAGUUUAGGAGAGAGUGCCUGGUUGGAUUAGCACCCGGGUUCACAGAAGAUGGAUGGAUAGGAAGGGUUAAAGAUUUGUACUUUUGAGUUAAUGAAAUAAGCCCCACAAAGGAGGAAUGUUGGUCUGAGCAUUCUGGUCUGGGAGUAAUCAUUGCAAGACGGCAAGAGAGCAAGAAAGAGCUGCAGGUCUGCAGGACCGAGCAUGCCACCAGGGGGUGGCUCCUGGGUGGCACACCAUCACUCCAGUCAAGCAUGAGAAAGCCAGGAAAGGUCACAGCAGUUUUGGAACCGCUUGUUAACCGGCUUCCCUGCGAGAGGGUGCUGCGGCUUUGAUGGGCUCCGGCUGGGAAGUGUGUAAUUCCUCCUCCAGUUGCCGGGGCUGCUGCGCUGCGGGAGCCAUGUGGGCCACCUCCUGGUCCUGUUGCUGCUGCUGCUCCUCGGACCUCUGGCCCUGGGGCUCCCGCUGCUGCCUGGUGGGUCCCCGGCUGCUCUGCUGGGCCUGGGCUGCGUCCUGCUGCUCCAAGGUGCCCUCCCGGAUUACUCAUUGACAACUCCAAUCUGAGCUCUCAGAUGGAACAAGAGAAAGAGCUGUGGGUCCCAGAUCUCCAGGGCUGUGAGGAAUGGGAGAUUUCAGCAGGUUAUAGGACAGUGAGGGAAAACAAGGAGGAGACCCCUCAGCAGGAAGGUCCCGAGCAAGUGGAACCACCUGGGAUGUUAUUGGGAAGAGCUGAAAGGGAUGUUUCCCAGAGUCAUGAGCAGGGAGAAGCCUGUGAGAGUCAGCGCAGGCUGGAGAAACAUCAGAAAAACCAGCCAGGGAAGGGAGAGAGAAAACCCACUUGCUGUGGGGAAGGACUCAAGAAACCAAAAGACAUCUCAGCCUGUCAGAGAGAAGGGAAAGGAGGUGAAAAUAGAGGUACACACACUGUGUCUGGGAAGAGCUGUAGACAGAGCUCAGAACUUAGUGUUCAGCAGACAAUCCACUCUGGAGAGAGGCCCAAUAAAUGCCCCGACUGUGAGAAAAGCUUUAGCCAGAAAUCAGCCCUUGUUAGACACCAACGGCUGCACACGGGAGAGAAGCCCUACAAAUGCAGUGACUGUGGGAAGAGCUUCAGCGUGAGCUCACACCUGAUCACCCACCAGAGACUGCACACGGGAGAGAGACCCUACAAAUGCCUGGACUGUGGGAAAAGCUUCAGUGAGAGCUCAAACUUUAUUCACCAUCAGAGAAUCCACACAGGAGAGAGACCCUAUAAAUGCCCCAACUGCGGGAAACGCUUCAGUAACAACUCAGACCUCACGAGGCACCACCGGACCCACACGGGAGAGAGGCCUUAUGAGUGCCCGGACUGCAGGAAGAGCUUCAGCAUGAGGUUCCAUUUAGCUAGACACAAGCACGUGCAUGCAAAGGAGGAGAUGGAAAGUUCCCCCCUUCUCACACAUCAGAGACUUCCGUCGGACGAGAAGCUCUGCAAAUGCCCUGACUGCGGGAGAAGGUUCAGGGACAGCAGAGGCCUCAUGACACAUCAGAGAAUCCACAUGGGGCAGAAAUGCUAUCAGUGCUCCGUCUGCGGGAAAAGCUUCGGGGUGAGCUCAGCUCUUUCUGAGCACCGGAGAAUCCACGCGAACGAGAAACCCAGCACCUGCCCGGAUUGUGGGAAAUGCUUUCUUCAGAGCUCAGAGCUGCUCCUCCACCAGAUUAGCCAUGCAGGGGGGAAGCCCUACACAUGUGAGGAGUGUGGUAAACGCUUCGCUCAGAGAUCGAAUCUCCGGGCGCACCUCAAACACCACACAGCUGAGAAGCCCCAUAAAUGCACCCAGUGUGGGAAGAGCUUUGUCAAGCACUCCAUCCUGGCAAGGCACCAGAUCACCCACACGGACCUGAAACCGUUUAAAUGCUCCGCGUGCAGCAAAAGCUUCACUCAGCUCUCCAGCCUCACGAGGCAUGAGAGGGUCCAUGAGGCAGAGAUGCUUUCCGAGCCCCCCGACUGGAUGGCAGAAAUGAACCAUACAUUCAUCGAUUCCAGCGGGCGGGCAUGGAAUUGGGCUCAAGAGUACCCAGCUGCCCGGCUGUGGGGCGAAGAGGUAGCCAUAACCAACCCCAAACUGAUCAGUGACCCUCGGCCUACACCUGGUCUGGCAAACCCCAGACAGGUCAGGGGAGACCUCAGCCAUCCCCUUUUAAGUGCUGUUGAAUUGGCUGCCAAGCUACCAAGCUCUUCUGCCUCCUGCCAAGACAGUGCAUCCAUCUCUCUGGACUGAAAGAUCCCCCGUCCCCUUAACCGCUUCCCCGGGCCACCAGCCUCAGGAGCCACACUAGAGGAGGGCAUUGCGGCUGGGGUUUCCCGAGACACCCAGAGGGCAGGAUUGGGGGUGGUGGGAAGCAGAGAGGGCCAGCUGGCUGCUAGGGGUAUUAAGUGUCUGGGGACUGGGGGUUAAGGAAUCAUAGAAUAUCAGGGUUAGAAGGGACCUCAGGAAGUCAUCUAGUCCAACCCCCUGCUCAAAGCAGAGGGAGGAUGGGCAGGGUUAGGAUGCUGCAUUCCCCUCAGUUGGAGUCUCAGCAUCUCUGAAAGCCAAUCCUGAUACUUCUAAUGACCACCAUUAGUCACUUGCGCCAUCACUUCCUGGUAAAAUCUGCUGCUUUUUCCCACCCUUUGGGUGUCUUCCCCACCCUUCUUUCCAGGUGUCCCUCCCCUGCCUCUGUAUUUCUCCUUCUGUCUUCCCUCAGCAUGUCCUCUGCUGCAGCAGUUCAGUUACUCUGAAACCUGUCAUGCUGCCAUUACUCCCUUUCCCCCCAUCCCCUCAGCUACAAGGACAAGCAAUGACACAGUCGGGCUGGCAUGUACAGUGCCAUAGGGAUUUAGCGUAAACCCCACCGCAAGAGGAAAGGGGGCGGGGCUUUCUGCAGACACCUCUGAACCAGACUUACCUGGUGUUUGGAAGGUUCCCUUCCCUAACAAAUGAAAGCUUAGAUUCUGCAGGAUCUGGACAUGCCAGAGGAAGCACACAAACACUUCCGGCAGCUGGAUGUUUGAUACUGCUCUCUUACAUACAACGAUUAUGGUCGGUAUGGAAAUGCUUAAGCCGACAGAUAGAGGGAUGUGUAUGGAGAAAAUAGAUAAAUAGAAAAAAGACUCUCCCAGGGACCAAUAAAAGAUCGUUCCCUCUUGAAUAUUUUCUAGAGCUUGUUGGAAGGAUUGGACUCCAAGUAUAAUUUUACACCGUUAAAGAAGACCCAAGUAUCUUGCAGUGUAUGGGGGGGGAAAUGGUUGGAAAGUUACUUGAGUUAAUCCAGUAGCAGGAACCUUUUUGUAGUUGAUGGGUAUCUUUCUGUUUUAUACUUUUUUAUUUUAAACUGCAGGCAUAUGUGGUUUGAGAAAGCUCCCAAGGGAAACUUUAUAAAUCAAAAUAAAAUAAUUGUAUGAUGGCUGAAAUGCUGGCACAGCUCCUUAGGGACUUAUCAAGGAAAGGUGUGUGUAUACAUGUGUACAUGUACACAAAAGAUAUACCUAUUUGAGAUGGGAAAGUAACUGAAAGUACAGUAAAAGCUUUGUUAUCUGGCAUGUUGGGGGAAUAGGAGGUGCCAGUUAAUCAAAUAUUCCAGUUAACUAAGAGUUAUACUUACAAUGGAAUACCAAUUUUCAAAGAAUUAGAAUACAAUAAAAUGAAUAAAGUAUAAAAUAGUAGACAGGUACUCACCAAUCCAGUAGCAGUACUGCACUGCAGAGUGGUUGGUUUCUUGAAGCACUUAGGUGUAUACAGGUAAAAUGUUCUAUACAGUAGGUUAUCUUAUGACACUACAUAUCACUAAGGGCAGCGGAUGGCAUACACCCAGAACACAAAAAAUCCACUUAACACUAAAACUAUACUGAAUAUAAUUUCAUCUUUCUUUGAUGAUUCAGAAGGCACUUCAGGAUCUUGCAGUGCCUCAGGAUCACCAUUAUCAACAUAAAUUAUCAUUGUAGAUGUAGAAGGUGUAGGAAAUGGGGCUAAAUCUGUAAUGACCCUAUGACACACCCUAGAAGCUGCUUUUUUGAAUAAAUCUCUGAUAUCACCUU